CCGACCUCUUUUGCAAAUGCAGCAAGUCCAAGUUUCGGACCCUUACAGUAAGUAUGCAAAAAAACAAUCUCAUAUCACUUAUGUAUGGGAAGAGACAUUAUUUGAACUUCCAAAAUUCAGCGAUCAUCCAAUUUCUGAUGUAGAUUAUCAACAGACUUAA